CCUUAAUGGUAAACUUAUCUAAACACGGACAGUGACAAAUGAAAAACGAAUACUGUUAAUGGAUUGGUGAAAAAUGAAGCAAACUAGAACAAUUAGUUAUUAUGAAUACAUUAACGACAAUACGAAAUGAACAUACAUAAUCUGGUUCCUCGAAAUGUUAGUCGUGUAUUUGCUCGUCUUUGUUCUAUCUAAAUGUAUCGCUUCCGAACAUGACAAAGUUAAAUUGCAAAAAGAUUUUGUGAAUAUAGAAACAAUGCUUAAUGACGUAUUGACCGACGCUAAUAAGGACAACGAUGUUGUGAAUUGCACUGGAUUUAUUUUAAACAAUUAUUUCAGUGAUAAAAAGACUAUUACAUUGAUAUCAAUGGAUUUUGACGGGGGAAUACCGAAAUUGAUCAAUUCGUUUGGUAAAUUCAAUGUUAUUAAUAGAAACGUAACCAAAAAGACAAUGUUGCUAAACGAUAUGUAUCUGAUAACAGUCAGAACCGAAAAGGUAUUCGUUGAACAAUUCGAAAACCUAACUAAAGACGCAACGUGGAAUCCAAAAUUAAAAUUUUUAAUUGUAUUCAAAGAAUUAAAACAAGAAAACGUUAAAGAUGUUUUCGAUAUCCUACUAAAACAUCACGUUUUGAAUGUAGUAAUCGCGAACGGAACUAACGACCCAAAUAUUUUGUCGUACAAUCCUUACGAAAAUUACGCUUGCGGGAAGUACUAUACCGGUAUCAUUAAUUACGGAAAAUGUAUAAACACAUCCACUGAACUGUAUCCGAAUAAACUGGUCACAGGUUUGAGAGGUUGCGUAUUCAAUGUAUCUGUACCUCACUGGCCUCCUUAUACUGUGGAUCCGGGGAAGAUAUCAAAACCAUCAAUACCAAUUGGAAUCGAACAAUACACUAUUAAUGUGUUAGCAGAAAUCGAGAAGUUCAAAGUUAAUUACCAGUAUAACUAUGAUGCGGAUGUAUUUUCAACUGUUGACGAGGACAUGAAAGCCACAGGCCCUAUGGAUAUGCUGCAGAGAAACUUAACGGAUUUGAUGAUAGGCGGUAUGCUUCUCGUUCCGCUCCGAGCCGCUGCGUUCUCUUACAUCUACACACAUGUAGAUUAUAUAGACGAGAUCAGUGUCGUCAUCCAAAAAGCGUCAUUGAAGCCCGUUUGGUCUUUCUACUACCGCGAAUUCGACUUCAGGGUCUGGGCAUUAUUGAUCGUAGUCUUCAUACUGUUCACUGUGAUUGUAGCAUAUUUACUGCGGGAGCAAGACAAAACGUACAUUCUGUUGAAGUUGUUGGAUUACUUCUUCCUCCACGGCUACAAGCUACGUUUCAGAUUGAGUGUUAGAUGCAUCUUCAUAUUCUGGAUAUGGUUCACGUAUUUGGUGAAUAGUUUUUAUCAAACGAGCAUGAUGAGUUUCACGACGAAACCUAGUCUGGAAACGCAGAUCGCCGACAUGGAGACGCUGGUGGAGCGAGGAAUCGAGCCGUGCAUAAGCCGUGCCAUCAUCAACUUUUUACCAGAAAACGAAAUUAAAUACAAUGAGAAAAUACAAAGCUGCAAAACUAUUUUGGGAAGCAUAAUGACAAUUCCAUCGGCUAGCUCUCCGCAUCAGGGAAGCGGGACUGAUCUGGUAUCACCGAGACUAUCAGAACUACAUCAACGGCCUGGUACAUCGCCACCGUCAAAAGUAUUUCGUUUCGCGUUUUGCGAUUCCGUGGUAUGUCUUUACAAUUGGAACUUUCCUAGCUUUGGUCGCUUUUGUGUUUGAACUUAAUGAAAAGAGUAGAGAAAUAAAUUGAAUUUGAACUUCGUUGUUUCGAGUUAAUAUAAAA